AAGAGUUUUUUAACAAAGACACUUGAAAAACCCAUCAUAAAUAUUAAGUGGCAACGUGAAGAAGAUAUACCAAGUUCCCUACAUAGGAUACCCGUUAGGGUCAAUGUCCUUUUUUGGAACAUGUUAGAAAACAAAAACUUGAUUCACAUAAUUGCCAUAUUAUUGACAUAUAUAUUCUUAGUAGGGUUCUUUUUUUUUUUUCAUGUUUGUGCUCCUUAGUAUACUAAGUUUUUUUCUGCCAUGGAACCUCAGAGUAUAGUAGUUAUCCAAGAUUCAACUAGAGAAGUGAAUUUGAGAAUUUUUGAAUGGGCUCUAAAUAGUUUCUUACUCAGGGCAAGAGAUAAGCUCACCUUAGCGAUAGUCUUGCAUGAAGUUAUCACUCCAAUGGGUUACAAAAGCAGGGUGGACAGUAAUAAUAUGAUUGGAGCAAAUCAAAGGGUGAUUGAAGAAGAAGUUAAUAACAAGAAGAAAAAGUAUUUAAAAGAUGAGGGACUUAUUAAGAUUUUCAACCUUUAUCAAUCAAAAAAGGUUGAGUUUAACAUAGAAGUAGCUAUAGGAACUUCACCUAGGGAUGUUGCUCUGAAAAUUUCCAAGAAGAUGAACGCAACAUGGUUGAUAUUAGACAGGAAGAUGAAAAAUGAUGGAGAUUAUUUCCUCAAUAAACUUUCUUGCGGUAUAUCAAGAAUAAGGCGUCACAAUAGGAUUAUGCAUUUAAGAGGACGACCUGCUCUCCAUCAAAAUAAUCAAGAUCACACCCAUGAUAGCAUACCAGUCAGCAUGCCAGACAGUAUACCAGAAAGUACACCAGAUGAACCAUUUUAUCGUCCAAAGAUCAAUCCUGACAAAGCAGAGUGCUCAAACCGAGGUGAAGAUAGUGAAGAGACAAGUUGUGCUCCAAUGGACUUUGCUAGCAUAAUCACCAAGAAGCCAUUGAAAGGCAAAUUGAGAAGAGACGGUGACCUAAAAAUGAUAUCCACUCUUGGUGGUAGCAAAAGUACUAUGGAGGAUCAGGAGAGUUCAGAGUUCCUAUCAUAUUGUGGAGCUAAGAGCUUUUAUCAUGGAAGGGCUGAAGAAUAUCAAGUAUGUGAACAAGUUUUCCAUUUUUUGUAAUUAGCACUUUAGCACAGGUAUUGUCACAAUCUAUCCUCGGUAUCAUGUGGAUUUGGAGCAAAACUAUAUAUCAAAUGAUAUGAAAAGAUGUAAUUUAAAUCUGGCCAUUGUUUCAUUUCAACAUAA